AUGACCCUACCAGAAGCCGGCACUCGACAAUCAGCUUGGAUGUUGUCUGUUUACAUCCUCGCUCUUCUACUUCUUAUCUGUCUAAACGGCCUGCCAUAUUUCGUAUCUGGGUGGUCCGACCAGCUCGCCGGGAAACACAUAAGCUCGAUCGCGCUCAAGUCGAUACUGCUGCAGUGCAUCGACGACCUUCAAGAAUCGCUCAUUUGGUUCCUCCAGCCACUCUUCGACAUUCUUGUCUGGGAUGUCCUAUCCGGAGAAGAGGAAGCCGAAUCUAGACGACAGAUCACAAAAGCCGAUUCCUUCAUCACCGUCGUCAGAGUGUUCGCCGUCAAACUUCCAUCGGUCGGCGUCACGUUGCUCUUGAUCCUCCCGAAAACGACGGUGUCGACCUUCGUCUGCAUUCUCGUAGCCGCGGCCUGGUGCUUGAUCUUCCCUGAUGCAGCAAAAGCGGCACAGAAAGGGAAACAGGACAGGGAUCGUGCGCUGUUGGAAAAGCGAUCGGAUGCGGAAGAGUGCCAGGAAAGUUACUUGCGGUCGCUUUCUGGCCUGUUCGCCAGGCUCUUUUCGUGGAAUGUGAUCCGCAACGGCUGCCUGUUCCUCUUUGUGCUGUUCAGCCCCGGGCUUGAUCCCACUCUGAUGACCCGAUUUGUCCAUCAGGUUGCAGCCCUCGAAAAAAUCAUGCUCAAGGGGGUACUGAGUUACAACAAGGCGCGAAAGAUUGUCAAGGUCUUGGCCAUGAACAAGCUUCCAUGUCAGAGCACUGUGGUGGCUGUUACAGACAAGCUGAUGGCCGCGAGCAGCCGGUGCCGUGUCUUGAACACUGGUUGCAUCGGGAAGCUUCAUGCCAGGGCCCGGAAGCAUUUCAAGAGCCGCCCGUUACUCCCUGUCACGCGUGGGCGCUGUCAUGGUGGUCGGGUUGCGAUUUGGUGCACGGCGGUGGGAGGCUCGGUCGCAGAGAAGGUGGAAUGGAGUUUCCAGACGAUGCGCAGAUGCUUGCAGCGUCCGGCCCUCGUUACCGGCGCCCAGGAAUACCGGCCGCUGCUGGCCGCGGAAAUGUCUCGAUGCGCCGCUGCGGAUGUGUGA